UCGUUAUCAUUUGAGAUCUAAGCACCGGGGACAAUGGGGACCGAUGCGCCUGAGCGUCCAAUCGGGUGAAAGGUCGGCGAGAGGAGCUGUUGUCGUCCUGUUGGAAAUUUAAACCUUAGUGUCAGUUACCUGGUAACGAGGGAGAUACGGGAGGAGAUGAAAUCUAAUCCACAGGAGCUACGUUCAGCUAAAGGGACAUUCUUACACUUCGUAGUGCGGUUUUCUAAUCAUUGACUACAUCUUCCUAAAACACAUCUUUUUUAAAGGAGGCAAAAACUUAAUAUAGCAAGCGCACUGAAAUCAGGGAAAAGCGAUACAGAUGAUUUCAUUUCUUUGACCUGUCUUUGCAGAGCGCUGCAGCAUUACAAGAACAUUUUUUUAGUGUCUCCAGAAUCCAGAAGGGACAUGUAAGAUGCCAAGUCGCCAGAAGCAGGUGAUUUUUUGUGCCGGUGGCGUGUUGAGUUUUGCCAGCGCAUUGUGCAUCGCCGCUGCCAUCGGCACGCAGUCCUGGGUGACGGCCACCAUUCUGUGCACAACAGGGGCACAGCUAGUUAACGCUACGGGACCCGACCUGGAGAAAUUCGUGGGCGAGAUCAACUACGGGCUUUUCCGUGGGCAAAGAGACAAGCAGUGCGGUCUGGGGAAGAGACUUACUCAGUUUUCUUUUUUUCCUGAUCUAAUGGGUGCUAUCCCGGCCAGCCUCCAUGUCACUGUCAUUUUGUUCUCCAUGGCAAUGAUUGUAUUUUCAUUAGUUGCAACCGGCUUUUUCAUGUUCAAUGCAUUUGGCAAACCUUAUGAGACACUUCAUGGACCACUUGGCCUAUAUCUGUGGAACUUCAUAUCAUGUUCCUGUGGUUGCCUGGUGAUGAUCCUCUUUGCUUCAGAGGUUAAAAUCAAUCACCUUUCUGAGAAAAUUGCAAACAACAAUGAAAAUGGCUUUUUGUAUAAAACUCACAGUGAAAAAUAUGACAAGUCAUUCUGGAUCAUUGUGUUUUGCUUCUUUGCCAGCCUCCUAAACAUAUUGCUCAUCCGAGUGGCUGGAAUCCAGUUUCCAUUUCAGGAAGCAAAAGCAUCAGAAGCGAGAACUGGAGCAGCCGACCUUCUCUAUUAACUGGUUGGGGACUUUCCUUCUCAGCCUACUGGCUGUUGUGGAAUUAGUAGGACCAUAAUCAAUAUAAAAUGGAAGACAUUUCAAAGGUUUUACAUGUAAACAGCCUGUUAUGAGACUGCCUUUGUGUGACUAAUGCAUAACGAUGGCACCACUGUCUCCCACAGAGCUUGGCCAGAAGUGAAGCUAACAAAAUAAAAUUGACAUUUGCGGCUUAAACUGAGAAACAGAAAAAGUGAGCACUAGGAAAAGUGUAACGGUGUAUUUGAACAAAUAAAAGAUAAAUGACAUAUUAGCUCAAACACUGGUAGAUUCAAGGAUGGAAAAUAAUGAGUACUAACAAGAAGAGGAAAGCAAAAAUCACAUCAUGUAACAGAGUUGCAAACCUAAAAUGAUAAAAAUAAUGGCAAUGUUUAUAUAAAAAUAUCCCCUAAAAUAAGAAACAAGAACCUGCAACACAUUUCCUAUCCACCUAUUAAUAUUCUGAAUUUACUUUUACAGUAAUGAGUCAUGUGAAAGUCAAAGCUGUUCCAAGCAGUUAAAAGUAGCAAGGCAGGAACCAACUGUGGUGAGGCUCCAUUCCAUCACAAGGCUCAUUCACAAAAACAGACAUCCAUACUCUGAUCAGUCAACCUUUGGACUGUAGGAUGACCAAGGAAUCCAAAAUGAAAGCCAAAGCAAGGGAGAGAAGAAUGUACAAGCGCAAGUUUGGGAUCAAACUGAACUCCAACCGCAGCAUGUUGCUUAUCAGUCAUAUGUUUUUUGACACCAGAUUCUCUCGCAACCUAAAAUAGCACCAUUUAGUAUUGGGUGCUGGAGUAUUUAUGUAUUUUGGAAUUCCCAAGGACGGUACUGGACUAGGCACAACUGCCAAGUUUAUCUUCAUGUGAAAAUGAUUCACAAAGAGUUAACUGACAGAUAAAGCAACACUAGAACAAAUGAGAUUCUGAUUAAAGCAACUGCUUCAAAACAGGUUCAGUCAUUGAGGUAAUAAACAUCCCAUCAUGUUCAUCGACAUGUACAAAAAUGCUGGGCAGGCCCAUCUCUUCAUUACACUGCUUACCCAGUGCUUAAAGAAUAGAUGGCAUUAACUGACUGUAAGGGGGACUGCCGGAGUGUGUUUGGCAAUUGCUUGGUUGACAAAAACUGCUCUGUUUGCUGAUGUUUCAUGUUGAAGAGUGGCUAAAGGUGAUAAUGGAAAGAAAAAUAAAAUAAAAGUUAGGAGCAACAGUGGGCAAAAGCUCUGAAAAGAAGCAGACAAACUCUGGGCCAUUUUCACAUGAUGAAAAGUCUAACGUUUUCCUGCCCCUGGUUCCUGCCUCUAUAACUAGUAAUAAGAGCUCUGUUAUUAAAAUAGCCUGAUUUUGAAUUAAACUGUGCCAAAAUGUAUGUAGAGGGGAUAUUUCAUUUUGGUUCUGAACUUUAGAUAAUGAAAUAUCAUUUUGUAUUUGUUCUUAUUUCACUGAUGUUUAUAUUAUUUAUUAGUUUUAUCAUUUUAAAAUUAAUUCAACUUUGUUAAACAUUUAGAUCUACAGGAAAUGCCUUCCAUCUGUUUAUUUUAAUAGCUAAGCAUACUUCAGUCUCCAUGAAAAAGUUUCCUUUCAAUUCUAGAAGAGGACCGUAAUGUCAGAAUAAAGGAACUUUGCUUGGAGACUCAUAAGAUCAGUUAGACCACAACAUGGAUUUUAUUCACUAGUAGAAUUAACUCAGAAAAGAACAAUGAAACAAUAAACGCAGUUUGCAACUGAGAAAAACUGGGCGUUUGUCUUCUAAGAUUAACUCAGAACAUUUGAACUGUGCAGCAAAAGUAUCAGUGAGCAGGGCUGGUUUUAUCUUGCCCAUUACUAAGCAGGAUUUUAUCCUCUCACUAGCAGGUGGAGUAACUUGGCUGUUUAUGCACAAACUCCAUCACCAUCCUCGCCUUCACUGCCAUCUGUAGCUGCUGUUGCUCCCACCGUGUGUUUG